UAUGGCCCAGGCUCAAGGCUUUGGAAGAAGGUCCGCAAAGGCCUUUCUGAAAGGUUUCUUCGUAGCCGUGCCGGUGACUGUGACGUUCCUGGAUCGAGUGGCCUGUGUGGCGAGAGUGGAGGGAACAUCGAUGCAGCUUUCCCUGAAUCCUGGGGGAAGCCAUUCAUCUGACGUGGUGCUUCUGAACCACUGGAAAAUUCGGAAUUACGAAGUUCAGCGUGGUGACAUAGUGUCAUUGGUUACUUUUGGAUAUUUGGAGGUGAUGGCUGAAUGCUGCUUCUGUCUCAUCCUCACCUGCCACAUCUUUCACUUGACCCACUGGAAGCCUAAGGGAACCUGCAUGGAAACCAUGGCCACUUGA